AUGCAUACUUUGAGAUUAUUAUGGCCAGCUAAUAAUGAAACAACAUUGCAAAGACGUCAAACAAGAGUAAAUCGUCGUAAAAUGGUGCAAAUUGUGGAGAUGGAGGAAUUGGAAUUUGUUCAUCGUUUUAGGUUAGAUAAACAAAGUUUUUGGCGUCUUUGUGAUGAUCUUCGGCGUUUAACGUCAUUGAAAGGUAUCCGGGAAAUUAGUUUAGAAAUCAAGGUUUUGUGUACUCUUAGCUUUUUAGCUACGGGUUCAUAUCAACGCAUUGUUGGACUAACGCAGCAUUUGAUACAAAGAACAACUAGUAGGUGUAUACGUCAAGUUGUUGAAGCAUUGAGCCAUCCAGCCAUUCUAAAUAAAUGGAUUCUGUUUCCAAGUUCGCAACAAAAACAAGCCCAAAUAAGACUUGAGUUUCAGAGGCGAUUUAGACUCCCGGAUAUAGUUGGAUGCAUAGACUGUACCCAUGUGGCAAUAGUCAAGCCACCAGUUGAAGAACAUUUAUUUUUUAAUAGGAAAGGUUAUCAUUCAUUGAAUGUACAAAUAGUAUGCAACAGUAAUUUAAAAAUUACUAAUGUAAAUCCAAAGUUUGGCGGAGCUACCCAUGACUCAUUCAUAUGGGCAUCUAGCAGAAUGGAAACAUUUAUGCGAGAAUUGCACCAAAAUGGAGAACAAGUGUGGUUAUUAGGUGAUUCUGGAUAUCCUCAGCGGCCAUGGCUGAUGACUCCCAUAUUAAAUGCAGUUCCUGGCUCAGUUGAAGAUACAUAUACUCAGCGACAUGCCAAUUUACCUCCUCCAUCUAUUAUGGAAAUAGAAGAAGAUGAUGCUCAACCUGACAAUGCAUCUGAUAGCGUUGGUGCUGCUAGUGAUCAAAGUGAGCUACUCCAAGGCAGGGCAGUACUGAAUAAUCUUUUAUCAGGACUUUAA